CCGACUCCGGGCAGGUGGAGGUAAUUUCAUGCCCCCAAAAUGGGACAUAAAGUGGUCGUGUUUGACAUUUCUGUCAUCAGAGCCCUUUGGGAAACUCGUGUCAGGAAGCACAAAGCUCGGCAGAAGAAGGAGGAAGAAAGGCUCGAGAAGAGUGCAUUGGAAAAGAUAAAGGAGGAGUGGAACUUCGUGGCCGAGUGCAGGAGGAAAGGCAUCCCCCAGGCAGAGUACUGCAAGAAUGGCUUCAUAGACACCAGCGUGCGGCUUCUGGAAAAGAUCGAAAAGAGCACUCUCACAAGACAGAGUUUGCUUUCCAGGGACAGCGGAAAACGGAGCAGUAGGUUUGUGUUUGAGCUUUCCGGGGAUCACUGGAAGGAGCUCCCGGAUUCGUUGAAGGAGCAGACACACCUGAGAGAAUGGCACAUAAGCGAUACGCUGAUUCAAAUCAUUCCUACAUAUAUUGAGCUGUUUCAAGCAAUGAGAAUUCUGGAUCUGCCAAAAAACCAAAUCUCGCAUCUUCCAGCUGAAAUUGGUUGUUUGAAGAACCUUAGAGAACUCAAUGUAAGUUUCAACCAUCUGACGAGCAUUCCUCCAGAACUGGGAGAUUGUGAAAAUCUAGAGAGACUGGAUUGUUCUGGGAAUCUAGAAUUAACUGAGCUGCCCUUUGAAAAAGUGCUGGAAGAACUGCAGAGCUUUCUCUUGUACAAAAACAGGCUGACCUAUCUUCCUCACUCCAUGCUUAACCUAAAGAAGCUCACCCUGUUAGUCGUCAGUGGGGACCAUCUGGUGGAACUCCCAACUGCCCUUUGUGACUCAUCCACACCGUUAAAAUUUGUAAGCCUUAUGGACAACCCUAUUGAUAAUAUACAGUGUCAAGAUGGUGAUGAAAUAAUAGAAAGUGAACGGGAUCGGCGACAUUUUGAUAAAGAAUUUAUGAAAGCCUAUAUUGAAGAUCUUAAAGAAAGAGAAUCUGUUCCCAGCUAUACCACCAAAGUAUCUUUUAGCCUUCAACUUUGA